GAUUGACCUUAUAUACUAUUACUUGGAGGAGUCCAAAUCAAUUUUGGCAUGAAAUAUACAUAAUUCCAACCAAUAAUGGGGAGAGAGAGAAUUAUGGUCAUAUAAAUAUUUGAUAGCUCUAAUGACCGAUAUCCACUAGAUGAUAACUUAAUUUGUAAUAUCAUCCCUACACUUGUCAGGUAUGACGUCUAUGCACCUGUCCCAUGCAUUAAUUUGCAGUGAGAGAGCCAGGGACAGUUAGAAAUGGAGUUAAUGGUUGAAUUUAUGGGUACAAAAUAACAUUCAUCUACCACCCCAAACGACACACUAUAAAUUACUAUGAGCUCGUAUACAAUUUUCUUACGAUAUACAUUAAAAUUUAGUUCCAUUCUACAUCUCUCAACACACACACACACAUACCUCUCUCAAUAUACUGCUGGAUUACAAUCAUGGAGUUCCAUUAUUUUCCAUACAUCCUAGCUUUUGUCACAUUGACGUUUGCAGUAAGCCAUGCGGUGCAGUCUCCUGAGCUUUAUUGGAAGUCUGUCCUGCCAAACACACAAAUGCCCAAAGCUGUCACUGAUAUUCUACAACUGGAUAUAACCGAAGAUAAGAGUACCUCUGUCAGUGUUGGGAAAGGAACAGGUGUUGGGGUGAGCACAGGAAACCAUGGCAAAGGAACCAACGUUGGCGUUGGCAAAGGAGGAGUUUCUGUAAACACAGGAAAGCCUGGCAAAGGAACUAAUGUUGGCGUUGGUAAAGGAGGAGUUUCUGUAAACACAGGGAAGCAUGGCAAAGGAACCAAGGUUGGCGUUGGUAAAGGAGGAGUUUCUGUAAGUACAGGACAUAAGGGCAAACCUGUUUAUGUUGGAGUAGGGAAAGGGAAAAAUCCAUUCAUUUAUAAUUAUGCAGCUAGUGAAACUCAACUUCAUGACAAUCCAAAUGUAGCCCUCUUCUUCUUGGAGAAGGACAUUCGACCUGGCACUGAAAUGAACUUGAACUUCUUCAAGACUAUUACUUCAAAGCAAGCAACUUUCUUGCCCCGCCAAGUAGCUCAAUCAAUCCCAUUCUCGUCUCGAAAAAUUCCAGAAAUUUUGAACAAACUUUCAGUGAAACCACAGUCAACCGAGGCUGAGAUGGUAAAGGAAACAAUCAAAGAGUGCGAAGAUCAGUCGAGCAUUAAAGGUGAAGACAAGUAUUGUGCCACUUCACUAGAAUCAAUGAUCGACUUCACCACUUCCAAGUUAGGAAAAAAACUACAAUCAAUCUCAACAGAAGUGGAGAAGGAAUCUGAUGUUGGGAUGGAGAAGUACACAAUAACAAAAGUAGAAAAGAAGAAAAGCUCAGCAGGAGGUGGUGACAAAACUGUAGUGUGCCACAAACAAAACUAUCCAUUUGCAGUGUUCUAUUGCCACGCUUCACAAGCCACCGAGGCUUAUAUGGUGACCUUAGAAUCUGCUAACGGGACCAAAGCUAAGGCAGUAGCUGCCUGCCAUAAAGACACGUCUGCAUGGAACCCAAAGCACUUGGCCUUUCAAGUCCUUAAAGUUAAACCAGGAGUUAUUCCAGUCUGCCAUUUCCUUCCUCAAGAUCAUAUUGUCUGGAUACAAAAUUAGAAAUAAGUUAUCAUUUGUGAAUCGCGUAUUAGUGUGUAAGUGUUUUAUAUGUACGUUCAGUACUGUCCUAUACUCCUAUAUGUAAGACUUAUUAUUAUGAGCUUAUAAAAGUAUUGUAGACUUUCUUUUGACAAAAUAAAGUUUUUACUGUCAUUUUGCUUUUAUAAAGGCUUGGUUUGUUAUUAAGUUUGUAAGAGAACAUUGUGCUCUCACCAUUUGCAAUAUAUACUAGCCUUUUUUUUUUCUAAAAAAUCAAUGAAUUGUAUUUUACAUUGGAAAUAUUACAAUUUAUUGAGCACAAAUGAACGCCCAGAACACAGAAAAAACCAAUUACAUCUCAAACAACUAACCAUCUCAAAUCAUUUACAUUAAUUCUACUAAGACUUGUAUAAAAACUUCUAUAUUAUAAACAUCUUGUUUAAUUCUUGGAACUAUAAAAUCCACAGUCGAUCCAUAAAUAAACGACAGCUGAAAGAAUAGUCAAGAAGACAUUAUCUUUUCGAACCAGUUAAGUCUACUUCUUUUAAUCCAUUUAUAGACAACUAAAACAGUACAGACCCUUGUAUGAAUUCCAAUCCAGGACAGCUAAGAAUUCAUACAAUCCGCAGUCAAAAAAGCAGUGAUAGUAAGUCUCAUCUGCCAUAUCAUAAAUAUUGCUGCUCAGAUCAAUGUCCAAACCAAAUUGGAUCAAUUGGUCCUUUGUCUUCAACCUCGAGAGGAGAGUAAGCCACAUGAAAAUUCUAUGUUUUGGGGUAAUCAAUCUGCACCAAAUAUAAGGGAAAUCAAACCCAGUCCUGUGUUAUACUCAGCUAAAAAAGCGUAGAUUUUGGCAAUGGAAAAUGCCUGCUUCUCAAACUCAUUAUUGGUGAAACAAGCCUUAAUUUUCUUCUUUACCU